ACUGUGUUCAUCUCGUCUUGUUAGUUUAGUUUGUUUGCACGUGUUGUUUGAUUUCGAGGAUUAAAAUUCUUGAGAAUGCUGUAGCUGACUGAUAUUAUUUCCUGGAUCUGUAACCAUGGGAGCGAAAUUGGAAGACUGGAGGGAUAUUCUCAUAAUCGCAAUUUAUUUUGUGUUCGUAAUGGCCGUUGGUUUGGCGUCUUCUUGUCGGAAGAACAGAGAAUCGGCGAAAGGAUACUUUCUGGCCGGUCGCAAUAUGCACUGGUUACCGAUCGGGUUCUCGUUGUUUGCGAGUAACAUUGGCAGCGAACAUUUCAUUGGCCUUGCUGGAAGUGGCGCGAAUUCGGGUAUUGCCGUGGUCGCUUUCGAGUGGGGAGGCGUUUUAUUGCUACUUCUUCUGGGAUGGAUUUUUCUGCCCGUGUAUCUCACAGCUGGUGUGUACACAAUGCCGGAAUACCUGGAAAAGAGAUUCGGGGGCCGCCGACUGCGCAUCUACCUAAGUGUCGUUUCCACCCUCCUCUAUGUCAUCACUAAGAUAUCGGUGGAUGUUUUCGCAGGUGCCAUUUUCAUUCAGCAGGCUCUUGGAUGGAACACGUACAUUUGUAUAGUCGUCAUACUGGUGGUCAGUGGUCUCUACACAGUCAUAGGUGGUCUCUCUGCUGUGAUAUUUACGGACACUUUGCAAACAAUCAUCAUGCUCACAGGAUCCGCCAUUCUUGCUGGCCUAGCGUACGUCAAGGUAGGCGGCCUAUGGGCGCUGGAAUAUAAAUACUUCAAGGCCAUCCCUACCGGUUACACUCCACCAGAGGGUUCCACGUGCGGUCUGCCACGUGAGGACGCUUUCCACAUUUUCCGUAACCCUGUGACCUCUGACCUUCCCUGGCCCGGUGUGGUGAUACGAUCCACUUUAGUCUCAGUAUGGUAUUGGUGCACGGACCAGGUAAUAGUUCAGCGCACUCUAGCGGCAAAAAACAUCGCACACGGCCGUGGAGGCACAAUAGUUGCCGGCUACCUGAAACUUCUGCCUUUGUUCCUGAUCAUUUUGCCGGGCAUGUGUAGCCGCGUCCUCUAUCCAGAUGAGGUGGCCUGUGUUGAUCCCGAGGUUUGCAAGCGGGUGUGUGACAAUGAAAACGGAUGUUCCAACAUUGCCUACCCGAAACUGGUACUUGAACUAGCACCCAUAGGUCUGAAGGGGAUGAUGAUGGCGGUGAUGCUGUCUGCCCUAAUGAGCUCCCUCACUUCCAUAUUCAACAGCGCCGCCACGCUGUUCACCAUGGACAUCUGGAAGAAGGUCCGGAAGCAGGCGUCAGAGAGGGAGCUGCUCAUUUCGGGGAGGAUAUUUGUCGUGGUGUUGGUUGGGGUCAGCGUUGCCUGGAUACCGCUGAUCAAGUCUGCUCAGGGGGCGCAACUUUUCAUCUACAUCAUGGCGGUCACAGGUUACAUCGCUCCUCCACUGUCAGUCGUAUUCCUCAUGGCAGUCUUUAUUCCACGCAUCAACGAGGAGGGAGCAUUCUGGGGCAUUUUCAUUGGUCAACUGAUUGGAAUAAGUAGACUGGUCCUCGAUUUCAUCUACACGGCUCCUAAAUGCGGUGAACCCGACAACAGACCGUUGAUCGUUUCUGCUGUGAACUACACGUAUUUCGCAGCCAUAUUGCUAGUCAUUUCCGCCAUCAUUACUGUUGUAUUAAGCUUCUGUACAGCAAGGCCGGAUUAUGAACAGAUGAAGGGUCUGACGGUAUGGAGCGUCCACAAACUCGGGGUAAAGCGGAAUAAACUGGCGCAGAGACGCUUGACGAUCUUGAGUAGAAACAAUUCCGUAAGCGACGGAGGCCAGACAACAAGUAACCGGAUGUCAGCUGUAUCGAAAGUCAUUCACGACGCGGAGACACAAGGCGACCAUAAGGAAGUUGAAGUGGAUCAUGAGGUGGAAAUGAAAAAGCGUUAUCGUGAAACCAUGUCGAUCAGUAGCGGCGUCAGUCUCUUCCUCAACUUCAAUGCCGUUCUUCUGCUCUCUGUUUUCGUUAUGACGUAUGCGUUGUUUGCUUAAACGAACGCUUGUCUUUUCUAAAUCAGGUAUUGACCGAUUGCUGAAAAAAACUUAAGUUAUGUUCGUGGAAAUAAAUUGACCAGUUAUUUAAAGUCAAAAUUGUGGAUUUUGCAACCACUGGCUUUUUUAAUCUGAUAAAGGAUCAGUUUAGUGGACAACUUAAUCCUUGAUUGACAAGUCACAACGGGCCAAUCUUCCCAUGUGUCGUCUAGUUCAUUUCUGUAAAUGGCGGACGUUUUUAGUAACGUGCAGAAAUAUUUUAAAUGAAAAUCAUGAAGACGCAUAAGAUCCGGUUACUAUGAAUAGAUUUGGUUAAUUACAUGUUAUUUUUGCAGAAAGGAAUUAUAAUUAGAUACAAAAUCCUAAAUGUUAAACUUCUUUUUUUGUUUCUUAGAAUAUGUAUCAAUACGAUUGUCUUUAAUAAACAAAAAACAUGAAAACA